AUGAAUAGAUCUCGUUCAGCACCAUAUCAUCUGCCACAAGAUUAUUCAAACGAACUUGAAUGGAAAGCAAAAAGUAUAAUUGAUCAAUUACAUAUUCGUCAUCAUGUGUGUUGCCCAAAAAGUCUAGACAGCGAUUUUCACGACGAAACUUGCAUACUACGAAAGAAUAAAAAAUUACCGCGAAUAUCAAGCAGCUCUACUUUGGAAAAUACGAAUGAUCCUCGAAAACUUGAGGCUUCAUAUGGUUUACUUAAUGAUAAAGAAUGGUUUCUACGAUUAGCUGUGAAUACACCUGUAGAAAAAGUAGAAAAAGUUCUUCUUGAGUCUUGGAAAAUUCCAAAACCUCAAUUUAUUUUAUCUAUCAUUGGUGGAGUAAAAUACUUUAAAAUGAGUAAUCAACUUGAAGCAAAUCUCAUAAACGGUGUCAUUGAAAUAAUUAAAGAACCGAAUGGAUGGCUAAUUACUAAUGGAUAUAAUAGUGGUAUCGUACAAGUUAUUGGACAAGCAAUUAGCAAAUAUAAAUUAUCAAAUUUUAAGAAAACUAACAUUACAGCUAUCGGUAUUUGCAAAUGGGGUUGUAUAAAAGAUUUGGAAUCAAUAAUAAAUCAACCACUGGAAGAAACCAUGGAGAAAGCUUCCCAUACAACGUAUCUUGAAUCUCGCAAGACAACAACAGUACGCCACCGUGGAGAAUGGGAUCUUGCAAAGCAUCAUAGUCAUUAUCUGAUGUUAGAUGAUGGUACACGGUAUAUCUAUGACACAAGAGAUUAUCGAACACAUCUAAUUACUCAUAUGGCACGAUUAAAUAAUGAUGAUGAUGUUUUCGUACCCGUGGUUACUAUUGUGGUUGAAGGUGGUAAAGAAACUAUAAAAAGUAUAUAUUCUGUUUUAAAAUCCAGUAUUCCUGUUGUUAUUAUUGACGGUAGUGGUCGUGCUGCUGAUUUUUUCAGUCGCUGGUUAUUAUUAACGAAGGACGUUGAAAAUGAUCGUGCCAAUGAAAAACGAGUAUGGGGUAUUGAUGAAUUAAUUGGUGACGAUCAUGAGUUACACAAUGCAACUGAACAUCACGAACAACACGCAUCGAAUACUCGAAAUGGCAAUCGUACUGAACGCCAUCUUAAUUCUGAACAUUCCGUACUUCCCAAUAUGUUUGCAAAGCACUUCGAUCGAUUAUAUAAAGAUAUAAAAGACACUUUUCUUCGAGAAGAUAAAUCGGAUAAAUCGAAUAAAACCAAAGAACAAGACGAAAAUACUUUAUUAACUCAUACAGUUAUGUUUUGCUUACAACCAGCAGUUCGGACUCAUAUAAAUGUAUUUAAUUUGAAUUCUGAAGCUGAGUUGUCAGAAGCAAUAAUUCGAAGCAUCUGUCGCUCGCGUGAAAAAGUAGCAAAGCUAAAAAAAGAUGAAAUUAAACGUGGUCGAUCUGAAAAAACUAAAUCGCAAUCCAAGACACCAGAUGAAGUACAUAAUGUUCAAAAAGCAAUAGAUGAAUCGAAUGCUAGACAGGAAGCAAUGACAGAAGGAACCAAACUACUUAAGUUGGCGAUGAGAUGGAACUGCAUUCAGGUCGCAAGGGAAUUUAUUUUUCAAAAUUCAUUAAAUUCUAUCCGGAAUCCUCCAGGUAUUUUUGUAAAGGCUUUAAAGGACGACUUACCAGCAUUCGUCCAUGAAUUUCUCAAAUUGGGAUUUGAUCCUACCGUUAUAUUUUUCCCCGAAAAGAAAGCCCCAUGCGAGAUACUUAUUGGAACGCUCUAUACGCCUGAAAUAGUGGAAACAGAUAAAACUCAUUUAAAAUAUUUUAUAGAAGCCCGUUCGAAUGAAGAUCAAGGAAAAAUUUAUAAUAUUGAGUCACUUAAUACAGUUCUAACUACAAUAAUUGGUGAUUAUAUGCAUGAACUUUAUUUUGAAACACCAGACGAUGAAGAACAGUAUGUACGCAAAUGGGGUUUAAAAAAAAAUCUUCAACAACAAGCUGAAGGUAUGUCUGAUGAUAAUCUAAAUGAAAGCUAUUCAUUAACUAUGAUAGGACGACUAGAACCAUAUGAUUAUAUACUACGUGACUUAUUUUUAUGGGCUAUACUUGUGAAUCGCACUGAUAUGGCUAAAGUAUUUUUAUGCUUUAUGAAAUAUCGUAUAUGUCCAGCAUUGAUUGCAACAAAAAUUUUAAAAAAAUAUUAUACAAAAGCAGAUUAUGGUCAUUUAAAAGAUGAUUACUUAGAAAAGGCAAAAUAUUUUGAACAAUAUGCAAUUGAUUGCCUAGCUGCAUCUGGUGAUCAUAAUAUUAAGCAAGCAUGCGAAAUUAUUUUACAACAAAAUGAACUCUAUGGAUAUGUUACUUGUCUUCAAGUAGCGUCUGAUGCGAAAGAUAAAUUAUUCAUUGCAGCGCCGUGCUGUUCUCAAGCUAUGGAUAAUAUUUGGUAUGAUAAAGUUGAUCCAGACCAAAAACUAAAACGCCGUCGAUUGGGUUUGUUUUUUGGAAUUAUUUCAUUUGGUCUAUUGGCCCCUCUAUGCGUCAAGUAUCAACAAAAUAAACAGAUAAAAAAGGGAGAUAUACCUACGCCACCAGAUUUCGAAAAGAAUGGUAUAACUUAUAAUGAUUCAACGCAAUUCGAAUAUUCUCAGCCUGACUCUGAAUCAAGUUAUUCAUUACAUAAUUAUUAUCACAAAUUUAAAAAAUUUCAUAAUUAUUUGGCUUGUAAAAUAGCUUAUCAAUUUACUAGUUAUAUAUUUUUUCUCAUACUCUUCUCGUACGUGCUUUUGUUCAAAUUUGAGCCACCCACAAAUGCAUCUGUAUCAAUUGAUUGGACUGAAAUAUUAACAAUUAUUCUUGUUACAUGUAUAUUGAUAGAAGAAAUUCACUGUUUUAUUACUCAAGAUAGUUUAAGUUUUUUCGGAAGAAUAGAACAUUAUUUUCGUGAUCUAUUCAAAGUAUUGACGGUAAUUUCACUGACCCUAUUCUAUAUUGGAUUGAUUCUGCGAUUCGCUAAUGCAAGUACGGAAGCAAACUUUGUUGCAGCUAGAAUUGUAAUGGCUAUUGACGUUGAACUUUGGUGGCUUCGUUCUCUAUCAUUUAUCAUCAUACUGCCAGCUCUUGGACCACAUAUUGUAGCUAUUACGAAAAUGCUCAGUGAUCUGUUGUCUUUUCUGAUUAUAAUUGCGAUUGUUAUGAUUGGUUAUGGUGUUGCAUCUCGUUCAAUGACUUAUUAUCCAAAAUCGAACGGUGUUACAGAUAAUGGUAACCCGAUCGAUACUAGUUUCAGUGGCAAACCUGUUUUUGCUAAUAUUUUAUAUCCUGUUUACUAUUUACUACACUCACAAUUUGGCAACGAGCGAACGAAUCUAGAUAGUAAUCCUGAUGCUGGAUGGUCGAUAGCAAAUCAUGUGUUACUUGCUAUUCAUAUGAUUUUUGUGAAUAUUCUAUUAACUAACUUACUUAUAGCCAUGUUUAGCAAACGAUUCGAUCAAGUUUAUGAAGAUACUAAAAAUAUAUGGCUUACACAACGAUACUUAUUCACACGUGAAUAUUUCACACGUUCGCCAUUCCUGCCACCACUCAGUCUUAUUUAUGAUAUUUAUUAUUUGUUUUAUGUGUUCAUCCGUUUCGUAAGACGAAAAUAUUGGGAAAUCGAAACAAACUUUCAUCCGACAGUAUUUAAAAUUAUUCCUACGAAGGCAAUUAAUAUUAAAAAAUGGUAUGUUUUUGAAAAAUCAUCAACAGAUGAAUACGCUCAUGAGCAAGUAAAAGCACUGUUAACGAAAUCAGAUUCAGAUAGUAACGAUAAAACGGAAGACGUAGUAAAAUCUGAUGUUGACUCAAGUAAUGCUCUGAAUGGCCUUAAACAAGUACAGAAGGAUUUGGCUAAAUUGAACGUCACUAUUGACGAAAUGAAUGGCCAAUUGGAAGUUGCAAUUGCAGAAAAGGGUCGUUAA